CUAAGAUUGGAUAUUGGAUAUUGUUGGAGAGCGGAUUUUGAACGAGGGUUUCGCUUAGGGUGAUCCUCAUCCACACUGCUCUUUAUAGAUCCCAGAUACACAACGUACCUCCAGGCUAGACUCAAAUUAACCAAAUACUGAAAACUAAUAUGUUUAGACUGUUUCCGCUUCAAGUCAAACAUUUAGUCAUUUGGUAGAUUGUUCUGGAACACACGGUAACCUCAAAAUGGACUUCCUCACUUGUACUUCAUGCAUGAGAAAUGGAAUAUGUUUGCCUGUUACAAUUGUCAAAUGUAUGGUGGGAAACGAGUUAAUUUUUUGUCAAAAUAAAGAGUGCAUACACUAUUUCCUACCAUUGAAUUUUAUAUCUUCUAAACAUGAAUCAACUGUAUCUCUUCAUACUGACCACCACGAAGUUAAAGAGGAGUUGGAAUGGACAACUGAAGUGUUUCAUGCUCCAUUAAGAUCGGACACCUUGCCCAGUACCAAGUCAAAUGGAGAAGUUACAAUCACGACAGAUACUGUUUUCAACUUGCACCCCUUCGGAAAUAUGACUCCCAAAACUAAAAAUAUGACUUCCAAAUUUUCUAAUACUACUGUGACGAAUGGAACUUGCUCUUUAUCUACAUCACAUCCUGGUUUUCGAACCACUUAUAGUCAUUACAAGCGAUCCAUUUUACGACAAGUAAGACGUCAAGCAGAUAACCUUCGAUUAAAGCUUGUUAAAGAACGUCGUACAAUAAAAAGUCACGAACGAUUUGCUGGUCCACUCCUGUCCACAAGACAACUCUUUGUGUAGCUUAAAUGUACAUGCUCUACUGAUCGUAUUAAUUUU